CGGGGGCGACCGUCGCGGGUCCAGAGCGGGAUCCGGCUGCCGUCGCGGCCGCGUGGACGUCGUGUCCCGGCCAUGUGGAGCGCACGGGCCGCGCCGGGCCCGGGGGGUGGCCACCGUCGGAGCUGCCCGGGUCCCGCCGCGCUGAGUCGGGCUUGAAAGCCGAGAGGUGGCGCGGGCGGCGGCGGCGGCGGCGGCGGCGGGGGGCGCACGGCCAUGGCGAGAGCCGAGUGCAAGGCGCUGCUGGACGCGCUCAACCGGACCACCGCGUGCUACCACCACCUGGUGCUGACGCUCGGCGGCUCGGCCGACUCGCAGGACCUGCGGGAGGAGCUGCAGAGGACGCGCCACAAGGCGCAGGAGCUGGCGGCGACCUGCUGUGUCGGGCUGACGGCCGCCCUGCGCGACCGGAGCCUGGACGCCCAGGAGCGCGCCGAGUUCGAGCGCCUCUGGGUGAGCUUCUCCGGCUGCCUGGACCUGCUGGAGGGCGACAUGCGGCGCGCGCUGGGGCUGGCCGCCGCCUUCCCCCUGCACGCGCCGCGGCGGCCGUUCGUGCGCACCGGCGUGGCGGGCACCACCAGCGGCGUGGCGGCGCGCGCCCUGAGCGCACGGAGCCUGCGGCACGCGGCGGCGGCGGCGGCGGCGGCGGAGCACGACUUCGAGGGGCAGGACCUGCGCGAACUGGAGCGGGAGCUCCUGCAAGUGAGCGAGAUGAUCCAAAGCAUGGAGAUGAAGGUCAACGUGCCCCGCUGGACCGUGCAGGCCAGGCAGGCUGCGGGCGCCGAGCUCCUGUCCAGUGCCAGCGCCGGCGCCUCCUCCGGGGGUGGCGUGUCGGUAGGAGAACGCCGGCGGCCCUGCGACCUCAGCAAAGCCACGGCCGCCGCCGUUUUCAGCGCCGUGCUGCUGGCCGCGGUGGUGCUGGCCGUGUGCGUGGCGAAGCUGAGCUGACCG